AUGCACUUCAAUUCUGCCAUCCUGGCGACCCUGGCGAUCUUUUUCGCCUCAACGCUCGCAAAAGACUCGCGCACCUUCGCCGUGAACCACUUCUAUGGCAAAGGAGCCCUAACGAUGGGCCGCAUGGACCCAAUCAUGGACCCGGGCAAGCCAGCAACGCACUCGCACGCCAUCCAAGGUGGAAGCAACUUCAAUCUGAGCAUGACCGAUGACGCCCUGAUGGACUCAAAAUGCACCUCGUCCCUGGUCGACGCCGACAAAAGCAACUACUGGACCCCCUCGCUCUACUUCCAAGCCACCAAUGGCAGCUUCCUCUCCGUGCCCAUGUUCUACAUGAACGUCUACUACUUCUUCGAAGCAACAGACGACGAGAUCAAGCCAUUCCCCGUCGGCUUGCGCAUGUUCAUCGGCAACAGCUCCCUCCGCACACCACCACCUGGAGGAGCAGCCAACGUCCUAGACACAAACGCAGGCCCUAUCCAGCCUAUCCAGUGGACAUGUCCGCGGUCAUCCUACGAUAUCCCCUCCUACCCCAAAGACUCGGACGGACUACACGGAGUUGGCAUUCAAGACCCCAAUAACGCCGGCGCCGGCGCUGGCUUCCCACACAUGAACUGCGAUGGAUAUGCGUCCCCACUGCGUGCGGAUAUUCAUUUUCCGUCGUGCUAUAACCCCAAGGCUGGAUUGCAUGAUUACAAGAACAACAUGGUCUUCCCGAGUAGUAAGGGUACUACUGGUGGAAAGGCUAAUUGUCCUGCUGGUUGGAUCCAUGUUCCUCAUAUCUUCUAUGAAGUAUACUGGAAUACGCCGUUGUUCGCUGAUAUGUGGACGGAGGGAACUGGUUCGCAGCCUUUCAUUCUCAGUAACGGUGAUCGGACUGGCUAUUCGCUUCAUGGUGACUUUAUCUCUGGUUGGGAUGAAUCAGUCUUGCAGAAGAUUAUUGACAACUGUGAUGCAGGAGAUUCGGGGAUGGAUAAGUGCGCUGAUGCUGGCCUCCUCAACGAUGCCUCGACUACAUGCAACAUUCCCAAUCUUGUUCCUGAGUUGAUUGAUGGUGUUUUGGAAAGUUUGCCCGGAAACAACCCGCCAACUGGUUGGGGCCAGGGUGGAGAGGAUGAGGCCACCAAGAACAAAGUCAAGAGACAUAUCCGUAGGCACUCGCGCGGAAGAUAUGCUUAG